AUGUCUUCCAGCCACAUUGCGGCACUGGAUGCGACGCUCGGUGACGUUAUGACCGUCCCAGAAAAGCUCAUCGAGGUUCGGCACGACACCACGAUCGAGCAGGUUCUCGCGCUCAUGGCCAAGUACGGCGUGACGUCAGUGCCUGUGCGGGCAGCCGGCGAUGCGCAGACGCCCGGUGACUCAACCGAGUGCAUCGGAAUCAUCAACCUGGUGGACAUUGUCGCGUUUUGCGUCUUUGCCAUCGCAGAGGGCGACGCCUACCUCCGUGUUGAUCUCUCUAACCUCGAGAGCAUGGACGCGCCUGUCUCAGACAUCCUCGGCGCAGUCUCGUCCGAGGCCAGCUCGGCGUGGUCGUUCAAGACGUAUCCUGCAGCAGCGCACAUCAACGACGUCAUGUAUCCGUUCUGCGCAGGUGUCCAUCGUGUCCUCAUCUCGACCGGCGCUCCCGGUGCCGAAGGCCUCGUCUCGCAAACCGACAUUGUCCGCUUCCUCCACGCCCACAAGGCUGAGCUUCCCGACGAGCUCCUCGCGUCGCCGCUCCUGCCGCACAAGGGCACGCCCGUCACCAUGUCUUCGGACCAGCGCGCCCUUGUCGGCUUCCGCAAGAUGGUUGUCAUGGAUCGCUCGUCGGUCGGCAUCGUCGACGACGCAGGCGUCCUCGUCGGCAACCUCUCGCUCUCGGACCUGCGCGGCAUCAACAAGUCCAACUUUGCCUCACUCGCAGACCCGGUCCUCGACUUUCUCGCCUCUCGCGCAGAGGCCCACACCCCGCGCCCGCUCAUCAAGGCUGCGCCCGAGACCUCGCUGGGCGACGUCAUCGACCUCCUUGUCGCUGAAAAGGUGCAUCGCGUCUGGCUCGUCGACGAAGCUGGCAAGCCGCUCGGCCAGCUCUCCAUGUCGGACGUCCUCCUCGCUUUCACCGACCUCUCGCUUCCGCUUGUUGUCCCCGACGUCCCCACAGACAUUGGCCAUGGGCACCGGGUGCUCACGGGCUGGGUCGGUAAGACCGGGGGUCGCUCGGUCUCUGUCGCCACCGUCGCCUCUCUGGUCUCCAACACCACCGCCAGCUCGUUCAACUCGGCGCGGGCGUCCAAUACGUCGUCGCCGAUGGGCUCGGCGCGCCCACGCAAGGAGGGCUCCCUCAAGAGCAUUGCUGAAGCUGCCAUACUUGCGGCUGGGGGCAACAGCGAAGCCACGCUCUCCUCAACCAUCAAGAGCACCGGUAACUCACUCCUUGCGCCGUCGAGCGACCUCUUCGCCAAGUCUGCGUCGUCUGACGCCAUCUCGGUCUCUGAACGACAGACUGACAUGUCCAAGACCCGCUCCAGCUCGUACUGCGGUACCGGGCAAGGCUCAGACACCGGUCCUGCUGAGCCGUCGUCGCCAUCGUCGUCACUCAUCCUCUGCGGGCGAGCGGUGACACCUCCGCUCGUGGACCAAGUCCCGCUCAUCGCCGCCGCACCCAUGAUUUCGCUCCGUGCGCCGUCGCCAUCGCGGUCAGUCUCGCGCUCCCCGCCGCAUUCCCACUCACAAUCGCCGUCCUACUCGCGAUCGCUCUCGGCCCGGGGCGAUGUCCGUGAAAUGUCCGACUCGGACUCAGGCUCAGACCUGAUGUUCCCAAUCUCUGAGCCGAACACCAUCCACGAGACAUGUAACAAGCUCGACUCCGGAGGUAUUGACGUCUCGGCUCGGCUGCACCUCUCCUCGUCUUUAUCUUCAUCGUCAUCAUCCCAAGUGAUGGCAGCAGGAUCGUCGUCGUCGUCGUCGUCGCUGUCGUCGUCGGACCUCGUGUCGGGCCUCACAUCGUCAACCUCGUCGCUUACACCAACCAUGUCGUCGGUACUGACAUCAUCGUCAUCGUCGUCUGACUCCUCGUCCACCGACUACGACUCGCUCUUUGACUCGUCUGGCGACGAGAGCAAGGUGAACGGCGUAGCGACAGUUGCCGCUGACGCCGCCGACACCAGCGCGACCAGUGCAUCGCUCACAAGCUCACAAUCCAGUGACUCUGGCACUGUAGCCGGCAGCACGCGGCGCGGGUUUCCCUCGCAUCACAUCCGACUCCUGGGUCUCGACCUUGACUCGGUCUCGUCGUCGUCGUCAGCGCCGAGCUCAGACGAUGUCAUGUCACUGGCAAGCCCGGUCUCAGUCACGCUGGACAUCCAGCCUGCGCCGGCGUCUGCGGCGGAACGCAUGCACGACUUGCUCUGGCUCUUGGUUCCGCUCCUUUCCACCCGUCGGCAUGCCUCGGGCUCGUCAACAACCGGCUCGUCAACGACGGUGACAACGCUGUCGCUUGCGGCAAGCAAUGCGCCGGCUGCAGCGCUGCCGCCGAGCGGCAAGACGGCCCCGGUGGCACCCAGCAUUUCGCCGCUGACCAACAUUAUGAACCAUGUGCUCGGCAUCGUGGUCUCGGAAGCGUCGCAGGAUGCCUCGCACUCGAUCCACUCGUCGACGGGAUCGUCACCACGGAGCCGCGGGGUGCCGAUGCUCUCUGUCACGCCCACGUCGCCGUCGUCGAUGUCGCUGCCGAGAGCCAUCUCGCCGCGGCACAAGCUCCUCUCGGCGCUGCCGUCGCGUUUUGGCUCGGGCUCAUCGGCCUCGAGCUCGCGGUCGCUCAUGCGUUCGUUCUCGCGAAUGGACUCGUGGUCGUUCAUGUGGCACCUUUCAAUGCUCUCGCUCGAGUCCGUCUCCUCGGGCUCUUCGGGAUCGUCCGGCAUCCAGCAUAUGGCGCGGUCGUCGCUGGAGCGCAUCAUCACUGCCCACGAUCGGGCUCAAGCGCGGCUCGUCGAGUUUGUCGUCAAGGAUGCCGCCGAUCUGGACACCAUGUCCGACCCUGGUACAGACGUUGAGCCGCUCGACCACUCGCCGAUUGUCGACCUUGACGUUGUUCGUGCCCUUUUUACCGCAACCUCGUCGGGCUUUUCGCCCCCCGGCGCCGCCGCCGGUGCCUCGCAGGCGCUACUGCAUCCGCGGCAACGGGCGCCGACGCUGCGCGACAUCCACAAGGCCCGGCGAGCGCAGCUCGCCAGCCAGCGGUCCGUCGAGCUUGCGCCGUCGGGCCCGGGCUCCCGUCGCGCCUUUGUCAACUCGAUCAACCUGACAUUGUCGGCUGACCUCACCGAGCUCCUCACCGAGCCGACCGGCUCGGUUUCAAUGACCUCGCUCGCCGCCGGUGACGAGCCGACGACCUCGGAGGCCUCGCCGCGUGACUCACCGCUCGCCUCCUCGCACGCUUCGCACUCUUCGGGGGGCGCGUUGCCGUUCUCGCUGAUGCCGCCGCGCCCACCCUCGCUUUCAUUCGCCUCUGAGACCGCAGUCUCGUUGCUUCUGCCGUGGAAAAAGGGUCUGAUGCGUGGACGGCGGUCGUUUACUUACAAGCAGUCGCGGCCCGAGGAUGACAGCGUGUAUUGCGCCGGCCCGCCGCCACGGUUCCGGAAAGGCAAGCGUGACCGAGCCCGUGAGCGGCGAGUCGUCUCCGCCAUCACCUCGCCGGCCAAGCACUUUGGCUCGCUGUAUCCCGGUUCGGAGCCGCUGCCCGCCGAGACUGCGCCCGUGAGCUCCGACAACGGCGAGCAAGAACCAGUCAAGGGCCGUGAGGCUCAGCUCCGAAUGCGGUUCGAGAAGCACGAGGCCGCGGGCUUUGUCCGCUCGCCUCUCGCCAAGCGCUCGGCGCGGACAUCGGCGGCAACCCGUGACCAUUGGGAACGCAAACUCGCGUCACUCGGUCGGCUUCCGUCGUAUGACAAGUUUACUGCGCCGGCCAAGCAGGCCUCUCAAUCGGGCCCUCUGCUCGCUCCGCCUGGCUCGCAGCGAGCUGAUCUCUCAUUGUCGGAGCUCGAUAACUCGUCGGCCUCGUCCGUCGCCGGCGGCAGCUCGCUCGAGGGUCUUGCUGGCGGCAUCUUUGAUCCCGAGUCAGUCGACCUUGUCGAGCUUGUCGAGCUCUACCAGGCCAACUUGGACAAAUCGUUGGCUCAGCUCGAGUCGCUUGCGUCGGUUGGAACCAAGGUCGUGGUCUCGAUUUCCGGCACUGCCACCGAAGUCCCACAUGACAUCAUCACCAUGGCCCAUAGGUUCACCCUUCUCCUCUCUCGGCACCUGGCCAACAUUGACCCUACUUGCCUUUGA